ACUAGAAACGUCAACGAGCCAGUGAACAUUAAGCGGAGCAGACCAAAAUCCCAAACAAGGAAAUGGUGGGGGAAUAAAACGAUCAGAUUAUUUAAUUAAUGCAUGUAAUAAUUAAUAUUUUAUUUUAUUGUAAAUUAAGAAAUAUUUAUGGGUGAAAAUGGAUUACGACUUCAAAACAAAGCUCGCGGCCGAAAGGGAGAGAGUAGAAGAUCUGUUCGAAUAUGAAGGUUGCAAAGUGGGUCGAGGCACCUACGGGCAUGUUUAUAAAGCUAAGCGCAAAGACGGGAAAGAUGAGAAAGAAUAUGCACUGAAACAGAUUGAAGGUACUGGAAUAUCGAUGUCCGCCUGCAGGGAGAUCGCGCUGCUGAGGGAGCUGAAGCACCCCAACGUGAUCGCGCUGCAGAAGGUGUUCCUGUCGCACAGCGACCGCAAGGUCUGGCUCCUCUUCGACUACGCCGAGCACGAUCUGUGGCACAUUAUAAAGUUCCACCGAGCUUCGAAGGCCAAUAAGAAGCCCAUGCAGCUGCCAAGAGGGAUGGUGAAAUCGCUUCUCUAUCAGAUUCUGGAUGGAAUUCAUUAUCUCCAUGCCAACUGGGUGCUACACAGGGAUCUAAAACCAGCGAAUAUCCUGGUCAUGGGGGAGGGUCCCGAACGAGGAAGAGUCAAAAUCGCGGACAUGGGCUUCGCCCGGCUCUUCAACUCGCCCCUCAAGCCCCUGGCGGACCUCGACCCGGUCGUGGUGACCUUCUGGUACCGGGCGCCCGAGCUGCUGCUCGGAGCGCGGCAUUACACCAAAGCGAUCGACAUCUGGGCCAUCGGCUGCAUUUUCGCCGAGCUGCUGACGUCAGAGCCCAUCUUUCACUGCCGCCAGGAGGACAUCAAAACCAGCAACCCCUUCCACCACGACCAGCUGGACAGGAUAUUCAGCGUCAUGGGCUUCCCCGCAGAUAAGGACUGGGAAGACAUUCGGAAGAUGCCCGAGUACCCCACCCUUCAGAAGGACUUCAGGAGAACAACGUAUGCAAACAGCAGCCUCAUCAAAUACAUGGAGAAGCAUAAAGUGAAGCCGGACAGCAAGGUAUUCCUGUUGCUCCAGAAACUUCUCACGAUGGAUCCCACAAAAAGGAUCACCUCGGAACAGGCACUGCAGGACCCUUAUUUCCUGGAAGAUCCGUUACCCACGUCCGAUGUAUUUGCUGGAUGUCAGAUACCCUAUCCAAAAAGAGAAUUUCUGAAUGAGGAUGAACCUGAGGAGAAAACAGAGAAGAACCAGACGCAGCAGCACCAGCAGACGACCGCGCAGACGCAGGCGCAGACGCAGCAGCAGACCGCGGGGCAGCAGGCCCCCUCUCAGCAGAGCUCCGCCCAGACCAACGGCACGGCGGGGGCCGCGGGGGCCACGGCGGGGAGCGGGCUCCAGCACGGCCAGGACCAGGGCCCCCCCAACAAGAAACCUCGCAUCGGGCCCUCGGGGGCCUCCUCAGGCACCGGGGUCCUGCAGUCAGAGUACCAGCACUCCAGCUCCCGCCUUGGUUACCAAAGCAACGUCCAAGGUUCUACCCAGUCCCAGAGCACCAUGGGAUACUCAUCCUCCUCCCAGCAGAGCUCCCAGUACUCCCACCAGUCACAUCGCUACUGAGGGCCCUGGGGAGGUCUCACCCUUUCUCCUACCUAAGUCUCUCCCUCACCUCCUAGUCUUUGCCUGCAAUUUAGCUUUCCUUCCCUCCCAACACAAUCCGUGCCCACCAUCCCCACACAAGCCCCACUCGCCUUCCCCACACAAGCCCCACCCACCCUCCCACACAAACCCCACCCACCCUCCCCACAUGAGCCAUGCCCACCUCCCCCAUACAAGCCCUGCCCACCCUCCCCAGACAAACCAUGCCCACCACUCCCACACAAGCCCCACCACCCUCCCCAUACAAGCCCCACCUUUCACAUACAAGCCCCACCUACUCUCUCCACACAUGCUCUACCCUCUCUCCCUGCACAUGCCCCACCCUCUCUCAAGCCCCACCUUUCCCACACAAGCCCCGCCCUCACUCCGCACCUGCUCUUCCCGCUCACGUCAGUCCCCUCCCCCUUAGGCAAAGCCGUCACUUCCAUUUGACUCUUCCAGAUCCUCACUCCCUCUCAGGACGAGCCCCCUCUUCCUCCCGAACCUUGCCCUUGCUCCGAUGUGGGCCUCAGCCCGGCCUAACGCGGGGCUCUUGCAAUACAAAGGCAUACUCAACAUAGGAACCAAAAAACAAACCCUCCCUUACCCUUAAGCCCAAGGGUAGCAAAAUAAUUUCUUUAUUUUAAAAAAAGAAGAAAGAAAGCAAAUAUACGGACUAAAGAAAAGAAGAAAGGGUCAGGUACAACCUCUUGGAAAAACCCUGCUACACAAAGACAAUGUUCUCAGAACCAUAGCACUUAAAAACACGUGUUCCUCAAGAGGAAGAAUUGCAGCUUUUGUUCAUUAAUAUACCGCACCUUUUCUAUUUGUUUAAGAAGAGACAUUGUGCACUCUGUAGAGUUUUCAAGUUUACUUCAGCCUUUGUUCUGGUGAAUAUUUUUCGAUAUUGAACAGUGAUGGGAAACGCAAAGCCCUUUACAUUUAUGGUUUUCUCACACAGUAAAGUACCCAUCAUGGAUUUCUAUCUCAACAAGGAAAAUGUAUAAUAAUAAUAAUGAUUAUAAUAAUAAUAAUAUAAAAAUCUAAACAAAAAGGAACAAAAUCAAAGCCAACACUUAAACCGAUUUCAAACAGAAGAAGCAAGCUUUUUGGAAUUCUUCUGCGGUUCAAUUUUGAAAAUGCAUUUGUACAGAUGGAAUGUCAGCUGCCCGGCUGAUGUCAUUGCAGGGAAUAUAAAACAUACAGUCUAUAUAAAUGUGUUAUUAGAGUUUGUUUUAUAAUGAAUUUUAGCCACCUGUACAUAUAGGUUAGGACAGUUUCGGAGAGUGGAGUGGGAGGAGAGCUUGUGCACACUCUCUGUGUGACCCCAGUAACAGGGUCUGUUUCUCUGCAGCCUCUACCACCACCGAGACCCCCUUGGAUCCAUCACACUAACCAUGCAUCUAAAACGGAGUGUCAUUUAUCUUACAGAACUGUAUAGUACCUUUUUUUCCAAAAAAAAAUUUUGGAUCUUUUUCUUGUGGGAAGGAAACGGAAAUCCUCCAAUCACUGUACAAGAACAUUUGGCGAGGCAGUUCUCACUAAUGCAUGAACGUUUUUAAAACCCCCCCCCGACUUUCGUUGCGUGCCUGUCGUUAGCGUGACGUCGGACAGAGGCGCACCGUGCGGACGGCGUGGGUCAGCUGUUUAGGCAGCGGCUUGGGGGAGGGUGAGGGGUCAAAGGUCACACAAUAUGCACAUCACCAGAAAAAAGCAGCUAACUGUUUCUAAACCGUUCCCACAGACUGUUACCUCCCCGGCGGUUUCUUUCAUGGUUGUGUUAUCGCGAUUCUGUCAUCGUUGUUCAAACCUCUUUUUUUUUUUUGAAUGCGUUUUUCUCCGUACUCAGUCUAAGGGAUUGCACUGCCGAUUUUGACCUCCGCGAGGCCCUGGAACGAAGAAGCGGCUAAGGGACCCUCCCCUCUGCCUCUGCUUCUCUGCUUUCCUCCACCCCUGACUGAGCGCUGAGUUUUUCAGCAGGCACAGUGGAGGGCACCUCUCUCCACUGUGCUGUUUAUCCUGUGAAAAGUAGCCGACUGGAGCCGCACUGUGUGACCUAAUAACCCUGAGAUGUGAUAUGACUGCGCCACCACCACCAAACCCCCUCCCUCCUCGUGAUAGUCUGCCAACCAGGAAACAAGGAAGUUGUGCGGCAGGGACAUCUAGUGGUCAUCUAUGGAACUGAGCAUUUCUCGCAUCUCUUUCUUUCUCACUCCUGCAGUCUUUCCAGAGUACUCCGAAAGGGUGUGUUCUUGCGUGGUGGUGGAAUCGACAGUAGGAGUGACAUAUUAUCUGUCCGUCACAAAACUGGGGCUGUCUCUCUCACUCGCUCUCUCUCUAUCUCACUGUUUUUCUCCUCUUUUUUCUCUCCUCUCUCGCUCUAUUUAUAUCUUUCUCUCUUUGUCUCUCUCUCUCCCUCCUUUCUACUCACUAACCAGGAUCACAAUGACCUUUUGGAAGACAAUGUUUGUAAACUGUUUUAAACUGCCUUUGAGCUGUGCAGAAAUCACCAGCCGUACUCAACUGGCACACACCAACUAUGAACACUGUCUCUCUCCUGAAGGUUCUUGAAAUGGCACUCGUUUUAAGAGGGGAACAGUUUGCUUACAUUGCGUCGUGGUGCUGCGUCACAGCGACAAACGAAAGGUACUUGCUUUCGAGACGGGACAAAAGCUGUACGUGCGAUCGCUGGAAGGUUUCCGUGUCGACCAGGCUCAGUUAAAACACCUGUCACAGAUGUGCAGUGACCGUGUGCGACACGUUUAAUGUUCCUACCUAAUCCGUUCUUGUGCGUUUACUGGCUGAGAACGCUCUCUUGUAAUGAUGUUUAUGAAUCUUCUCUCCUUCCCCCCUACAGUAACAGUUGACCACACAGGUACAGGCUGACGAGAUCUUUUUAUGAGUAUUACGCAGACAAACGUCCACGCGACGUUUGGAAGCCUAGCAAUAUUGUGCUUGGAGGUUUUUGAAUCUGCACUGCGAGAGUUGAGGUGAAUGCCAGGACACCAGAUGAGGAAAAAAAGGCACUGCUCCUUGUUCAAGCGGAUUUCUGAACAGUGAUCCAAACUGUUUUAUAUAUCUCCUUUAUAUGAAGAUUUGUUACUGUUAGUGUUGUUUUUUUAUUUUUUAUUUACUUGUUGUUGUUUUGAAUUUCCCCUUGGUCAGGCACAAAGGCCAGGUAUUGCAGCAGCCUUCCAAAACUGUGGUGUAUUCUGGGAAAUGGAACCAGCAGCUUUUCCGGGGUUCUUUGCCAAACUUCUUUUCUAUGCUUAAAGUACGGCUAAAGAGCAAAGUGUGUAACUGAUAUACUGCUCUGAAUUAAAACUCUACUUAAGCGAGGUUUUAAAGUGUUAUACUGUAUGUGGCUUCCACUGAAUGUGGUGAGGUAAUAAAAUCCAUACAGUUCCUAUGCAAAAGAAAAAGAAAAGCUUUUACAGUACUUGUGUAAUGCCUCAUGUUUUGUUUUUUUGUUUUGUUUUGUUUUGUUUUUUUGGGGCAUGAAAAUCACUGGUUUCAUAUGGUUGAAGAUUCAUUGGUUUUUAAAUGAUUUUAAGUGGAAUUUUCCAUUCUGUAUUGUAUAAUUCCAGCUGAGUAGUGAAUGAUAGAACCUGGCAUUCGUUUUAGCAUCAUCUCCUGUCUGGUUAGACAUUGCAUCACAAUAUCUAUAUUCAAACUGAAAUGUUCUAUGAGAAAGCAUGUAUAUGGAUAGUAUACAAUCAUAUUUAUUAUUUCCAUAUAUAAACCUACUUAUACGUGUUUUAUGAUAUUUCUACUGCAUUAAGGAGACUUUAGACACGAACUGGACCUAUGUCUGACAAAACCCACAUCGCUAAAUGAUUUGUGAGACUACAGUGCACUUGCCUGUCAGGUCCGUUGCAUAUGAAAUAAAAAAACAUAAUUUUGCGCUGUAAAAGCAAAAUCAUAUCAAUAUUUCGGUAGUCUAAUGCUUACUGUAGUAAUUCAUUUCCGCGUGGACUUAUUCUGAUAUUGUACAGUAGGACACUGACAGUCUUGCCGGUGAUAGAAACGAUCUUUGCUUGACUAUCUUAGGCGCGUCACCGUCGUGGUUCAUCUAUCAGCUUAUUCUAUCUGGGUCUUGUUUGUUUGUCAUCAGGAAGCAGUGAAUUCCGCUCUCAUCGUCAUGUUUUCUUCUUCUUCUUCUUCUUCUUCUUUUUUACUGGACUGAAACUAUAUUUUAAUGUGUGGACAGUGCCUUUUUAAGUCUGAGUGUUUUAACCUCGAGGUCGCCGUCUAAUACUUCAUUCAGGACAUGUUUUUCAUUUUGCCUUCUCAGUAGAGGUUGUUUUUUUUUUUUGUUUUUUUUUACUUUUUCAUUUACCAGUUUGUGUCUUUUUGCAGAACUUGAUUAAUGUAUUUCAAACAGCGGCAGCAAGCAGAUAGAUGUCACUCUUGAUGUCAGUCAUUCAGUCACCAUUAGGAAGAGAAAAAAAAAAUCCAACAUAGCAAAUGAAAUGUUAAGUUUGUCUCUUCAAGUUAAUAUUGUCCUCUUCGUCAUUAAAAUACAGUAACAGUAAGUUUGAAAUGCUGUACAUAAGAUCACAUUUUAAGAAAUCUUCAUUGAAACGUAAUGCUAUGAUAAUUGUCCUUAAUGCACUGUUAUUGCUGAAAUAUUUAGUGGUAAAUGAAUACUAUUUAAUGUUUUGUUUGUUUUUAAUGUCUUGUUUAGACACUAAAAGUAUGGCAGUUAUAAGACAAUAGGGCCAGAAAAAUGCUCUUUUUAAGGAGUUUUUAUAUACAUGUAUAGAUAUAUAAAGGCUCACUAUAGUAUACAUCUAUAAAUGAUAGUGCACUUCUAAGUCUGCACCUGUUCACAUUUCCCUUCUUAGUGUAUGUAUGUUGCAUGUGCUUGUCUUUUCCAAUCCAAAACUUUAGCACUUACUUUACUCAUUCAACAGUACGUACAGAGACUACUUGUGCAGAGACUCGAACAGACAGCCGGCUUGUAAAGGGCACAUGACAACAUUUCAUUUUUAAACCCAUUUCCAGGAAGUGGCGCCUUCAUUGUUCCUUAAGUUGCAGUGAAUUCCGCACAUUAUAAUCACAUUUGUCUUAUUUUUUUAAAAGACAUCUGAUUGAUCCUAUACAAAUGAUUAUUGUAUGCUAAGUGCUUUAUAUGAGUUUAUUUUUUCUGUUCCAAAAAUUGUGAACCUUAUAUAAGUAACCCCUUAUCAGUGGAUCUUAUUAAUAUAAGGCUCUAAUUAUGAUCUAAACUAUUUCAGAAAAAAAUGUGUAUUUUAUUAUUUAAAAUCUUUUUUUACAUUAUCGUUCUUUUCCUGUUGCAAACAGUUUUGAGGUUUACGUGUAGAUUUCAAUAAAGGUAGGCUACUUCCACGUUAAAAUAAGGUGUCUUCUACUGUAUGGAGUGGAGUGUACCUCUGGGGUACAGUUUUAAAACUCCCCCCGUGAACAUGGCUACUUUGCAAGCCCGUGUGUCUGUUGACUCUUGUCCAGUCUCUGUGUAGGUGUGUUUUAUGUGUGCAAAUACACACAUAUGCGCAAAACAAGCAUAUGGUCAGAACAUGUACUGUGUUUCCAUAGCUUUCUUAAGGCAAUAUGAGAAUAGCACAGUGCAGGAAUAAAACGAAAAACAUUUAUACUCUACGGCUGCUUCUAGCUAAUUUGUCCUAAUUUCACUGUACAAAUGACUGUUAAAUGAGAAAAAGUCAUGUAUAUUUAUUUUAUAUCCUCUAUUGUAAUAAAUCUCUUUUGCUUCA